AAUAAUUGUGGAGAUUAUUAUUGUUAAAAAUGUACCAAUAAGUGUGAAAAAGGAACAAGAAUUCACCUAAAAGACACUCACUGAAGAAGAAGUUUAACCCUUAAAAAAACCUUAUUUAACCAUUUGAAAAAUAAACCAAACAAAUGUCUGUUAUAAACCAAAAAGAGUAUUUAAAAAAAUAUUUAGGUAUAGGCAAAAAUCCUGGCGAAAAGAAGAAGAAAAAAAAGAAAAUUGUAUCUAAAACUGUGCAUAUUAUUGAUGAUGACAUUGAUUUACAUUCCAAUGAUAUUCAGGAAGACCUCAAAGGUCCUGACGAAGACGCACCCCAAAUAGUUGCCAUUAUUGAUGAAAGACCUCCAUCAUUGAGGGUUGAUGAAAAGCACAACAAACUAUGGCAACCGAUUGGUGAAACGGCCAGUACAAGUGCCGCAAGUAGUGGCAUUAGUAUAAAAUUGGAAGUGGGUGAAAAAACAAUACCCAAAUCCAACGCACUUAAAAAGAAAUCCAGUGAAACCACUUCUUUAAAAAAGAUUAAAGUCGAAAAGCUGUCGCCGCCACACAAUGAUGAUAAUACGCCACCAAGAAGAAGAAUUAAAGAUGAAGACUUUUCCCCACCUAGAAGGAUUAAAUCAGAAAGUAAUGGUGACAACUCACCAACCAGAAGACCUAAAGUGGAGAGAUCUCCUAGAAGAAGGAAUAGUGACAGUUCACCUCCUCGAAGGGUAAAAAAUGAAGACUGCUCUCUCCCUAGGAAACAUAUAAAAGUAGAAGAUUCUUCUCCACCAAGAAGAAACAUUAAAAAUGAAGAUUCUUCACCCCCUAGAAGAACAAAUUCGGACUUAUCGCCACCCAGAAGGCGGCACAAUGAUGUAAGUCCCCCCAGAAGACAUGUUAAAACAGAAGACUCUUCACCUCCUAGAAGAAAAAUUAAAACAGAGGACUUAUCACCACCCAGAAGGAGAACUGAACAUUCAUCACGAAACCAGGAUGAACCCAGUACUUCGAGAAUAGACUCGGACUCAUCGCCUCCAAGAAGACACAGGUCCGAUUCAUCCCCUCCAAGAAGGCGCAAACCUGACUCGUCUCCAAGAAGGCACAGACCAGACUCAUCUCCAAGAAGAAACAAACCCGACUCUUCCCCACCAAGGAAGCGGCGAUUCAAAGAGCAAGGACGUUCCAGAUUCGGAGACGCUUCGCCGCCGAGGAGGGAUGACUCGCCGCCGAAAAAGAAAAUGUCCGAGACGUUGGACGGAAAGAGGGCCGGGCUGCAGAACGCCGCCGAACUGGCCAAAGAAACGAUGGCACUGAAACAGAGGGAGGACGAAAUGUUUAAGAAGAUGUCGGCUGACGUGUCCGGCAGGAAUGCCGAGACCGUUGUCAGAAACAAGAAGCCCGUGGAUCCGGAGGAGGAGAUGAGGAAGAUGGAGAAAGAAAGGGAGAUGAAGGAGAAGUACAGUAAAUGGGGGAGAGGGUUGAAGCAGGUGGAGGAUAUGAAUGAGAGAAUGUCACAGGAGUUGUACGAAAUGAGCAAGCCGCUGGCAAGGUACAGGGAUGAUGAAGAUUUGGAAAGGUACCUCAAAGAACAAGAAAGAGAAGGGGAUCCAAUGUUGGCUUACAUUAGGAAAAAGAAGAAGAAGGAGGCUGUUGACGCUGGUGUUCCAGAAAAACCAAUGUAUCAAGGUGAAUUUAUGCCAAACAGAUUUGGCAUUCGACCUGGUUAUAGAUGGGAUGGUGUUGAUAGGUCCAAUGGAUAUGAGAAGAAAUGGUUUACAGUACAAAAUACCAAGAAAGCUGAACUGGAGGAAUCCUAUAAAUGGUCCACGGAAGACAUGUAGACUCUUUUUAUAUUAUAAUUAUGUUUUAUUUAAUAUAUAUGUACAUAUAAUAAAACAAUAUUUAAUGUGUCA